CUCGAGAAGGAUGAGGAAAAAGAACUGAAUUUGAUCAAAGAAAAGAAUUUGAAUUUUAACAAAGAGGUCGAGGCGGUGACGAGCAGUGUGAUCGAAGGGGCUGUGGUGCGGGAACAGGUGGAUGCGGUCGUGGAGAAAAUUUUUGAGUCCGCAGCGGUGGCGGCUGCGGCGGAAAGUAGUAGAAUGUUGGAGUGUUGUGGCGAGCAACGUAGCAAUGGAAGCAGUAAAGAUAAAGAAGACGCUUCUACUGCAGUUGCGCGGGAAGAACUACAGGAUGAAAGUAUUAAUAAACCAUGCAGCAGAAAAGCUUCGAAAGCAACCACAGUUGGUGGAGCAGACGAAGACCUGUCCGUUUCCGCGUCAGCUUCUCCUCUUGAGGAAAUAACCGAGGCUGGUGGGGGGAAGAGCGACGAUGGAAAAAAGAAUGUUAUUGAUGAACUAAACCACGAACCGUUCGAUGUUGAAGAAGAAAACCAAAACCAAGAACUGGCCGCCCGAACCUCCACAAGUUCUAGUAUCACCUCCUCGGCAAGUAAAACAAACAGUUCUGGUGAAGACGACAUGAAUAUGCCAAAAACUCCCGCCGUGAUUUUCUGUCCCACGCCAGACGGCUUCGAGAUGGUGAACGUCUCGGAAUACUUGGCGAAGCCCGGAAGUGAAAAUAAACCGCUGC